GGGAGAGGAAAAUAAAAAGAGGGCAAAGAAAUAGUAGAAACGAAACUCUUCCAGAAGCCGUGAGCAGCCGUCGCCAAUCUGCUUCGUCGUCGUCCAUAUGUUUGAAACCAGCCAACCUUCCAAGAUUUCACAGGGGCUUGCGCACUAACAAACAUCAUGCAAGCUAGCAUCGUAUCCCGAACUGGAUCGACCUUGAAAUUCACAUACAGCAGGAUGAGCAGUGUCAUGACGGCAAUGGAGUAUUUUCUCCGACCAAGGGUAGGUGGUAUUAAUGGAUUGAUGAAUUUCCUCUUCAUACUCAACGCCACUCGUCGGCAAUUUGUUUUUUUGUCUUGAAAUUCGAUCAUCUCACG